CACAGUGUUUUUUCAAUUUAAAAUUAGACAAGGUGUUCUUUCCCUCUCGAGAGUCUCGACCUUCAAUCCGCAGAUACACAACCACACAAAGAAAAAAAGAAAAAGAAACGCACCACUCAACUCAACCAGUUUCAAGUUUCAAGGACAAACCUUCACCGACAAAACAAAACAAAAAACAUUUUUAGUAACCCCGAACUUCCAAAUCCAACCACACCCACCACCACCACCAACCGAUGAAACGAAACCACAACCACCAUCUCCACCACCAUAACCACCACCACACCCACCACCACAACCACCCACCUCGCAAAUGGCUCAUCAUCACAAUCUCCCUUCUCUCCCUCAUCCUCCUCCUCUUCCUCCUCCUCCCCCACUCCAAACCCUCCUCCACCACCACCUCCUCCUCCCUCAACCACCGCAAUUUCACCAACCAUUUCGAACUAAACCUCCCCAACCUCCCCCGAUUCGCGUACUUGCUAACCGGCACCAAAGGGGAAGCCCCGCAGCUGAAGCGGCUCCUUCAGGCAGCGUACCACCCGAGAAACUACUACCUGCUCCACCUCGAUCUCGAAGCUUCCGAUGCGGAGAGGCUCGACCUUGCCAAGUUCGUGAAGUCGGAGAGGGUCUUUGGAGCUUUCGGGAAUGUCAUGGUGGUGGGUAAGGCUGAUUUGGUUACUUACAAGGGCCCUACCAUGAUCGCUUCUACACUUCAUGGUGUUGCUUUGUUGCUGAAAAAGGUCAACGAUUGGGACUGGUUUGUCAAUCUUAGUGCCUCUGAUUACCCUCUCGUGUCUCAGGAUGAUCUCUUGCAUAUCUUUUCAUUCAUGCCUAGGGAUAUAAACUUCAUUGACCAUACAAGUAAUAUUGGUUGGAAAGAGGAACAAAGAGCUAGGCCUGUCAUUAUAGAUCCAGCCUUAUAUCAUUCAAAAAAAUCUGGUGUUUACUGGGCUAAAGAGAAAAGAUCUGUGCCCGUCUCAUUCAAGUUAUUCACAGGCUCUGCAUGGGUUGUCCUCACAAAACCGUUUCUGGAGUUCUGUGUAUGGGGUUGGGAUAACCUUCCUCGAACUCUCCUUAUGUAUUACACAAAUUUUCUUUCAUCCGCUGAGGGCUACUUCCACACGGUCAUCUGCAAUCACAAGGACUAUCAAAACACAACCAUAAAUCAUGAUUUGCGUUAUUUAAGAUGGGACAAUCCACCAAAGCAGGAUCCUCUGUUCUUAAAAUUGGAGCAUUUUGAUGACAUGGUGCAGAGUGGUGCACCUUUUGCACGAAUGUUUGCCAAGGAUGACCCUGUUCUUGACAAAAUUGACAAGGAACUCUUGAGAAGAUCAGAUGGUCACUUUACGCCUGGAGGUUGGUGUGUUGGCAAUCCUGUUAUGGGAAAAGAUCCUUGUUCAGUUUAUGGAAAUCCACUUGUAGUUAAGCCUACAUUAAAAUCAAAGAGGCUAGAGAAACUGAUAGUGAAACUAUUGGAUUCUGAAAAUUUUAGGCCAAAACAGUGUAAAUAAUUUUGUUCUUACAACGUGGAAAUUUUAUACACAAUAGUCUUCUUGGUAAA